CCUGCGCCUCUUGCGUGUGCUCGGGAAAUCCCUGCCAUUAUUGCUUCCCCGCCCGGGGAUUCAACCGUUGAUCCUCGGAUAAUUGCAGGAAUCGAGCAGUUAGAGAAGAUGGAGCCACCCCGGAUGGUCAAAACCCACCUGCCUUUCCAACUCGUUCCCAAAUCCUUCUGGGAGCAGGACUGUAAGGUAAUUGUGGUCGCUCGAAAUGCCAAGGAUAAUGUGGUCUCGUACUUUCACUUCCAUCGGAUGAACCAAGGCAUGCCUGACCCUGGGACCUGGCAGGAAUUCCUCCGAAACUUCAUGGAGGGUCAAGUUUCCUGGGGAUCAUGGUAUGACCAUGCGAAGGGCUGGUGGGAAGCGAAGGAGAAACAUCGGAUUCUGUUUCUCUUUUAUGAAGACAUGAAGGAGAACCCCAGGCGGGAGAUCCAGAAGGUGGCCCGGUUCAUGGGGAAGGUUCUGGAAGAUGACGCACUCGAGAAGAUUGUCCAUCUCUCCUCUUUCAAGGUCAUGAAGGACAACCCAAUGGCCAAUUACAUGACGUUGCCAAGUAAUAUCAUGGACCAAUCCAUCUCCAAGUUCAUGAGAAAAGGUAGGUUCAAACUCUGGGUGGGGGGGGUCAAGGGUCAGGCGGUCAAGUGCUGUGGGGGAAGAAAGAAUCUAACCAUCGCCCCCUUGACGCUCAAUGGC